AUGAAUUUAAGAAGCAUAAGUGAUCAACUUCCAACGUAUCCAAACAAUAUUCAAGGAGAAUUACGCCUUAUAUUGCAGACAAAGGAUAUUUUUCUUGUAUGCUACAAACAUCUAGAGGAAUACCUUCGGUUAGUUAAUGAGCAAAACAGAUUAAUUACAAAGGAGUUUGUACAAGAACAACUACAAAUUGGAGAAGAUGAAUUAACUGAACUUAAAGUCGAACUACAGGAAGCUGAAAACAGGUUGAGUGCACGCUUGCGUCAUAACGAACUACUAGUUGACCAAUUAGCAAGUCUUGGUUAUGCUUCUGUUGAGUUAGGAACUAGUGUCCGUCACUUAGCGUUAUGUCGUUCACCACAAAUGCGGAAAAAAAAUAUUGGCUCAACGUCAGGUUGGAACCUUGGGUUGCUCAAGGUAUUCAGAAACACCACCUCCAACACAUUUGAUCGACAAUAUAGCCUUGGCUAUUGCAGAAAUUCAUCAAGAAGUAAGGGCGAAAGUCAAACCUUUGCUCGAUUACUAUAG